UUUUUUCAUUUUUUGUAGGAUAAUUGGGUCUACUCCUUCCUCACUUGGCGCUUUUAUCAGCAAACUUGAAACUAGUUACGAUUGCUUUUCAUCUCUCGUUGCGUCGACCACUGCUCACACGACACAAUGUCUGUUCCUCUCUUCAACCUCGCUCCCAAUCUGACAGUUUCAAGGCUUUGCUUAGGAACCAUGACUUUUGGUGAACAAAACAGCUUGCCCCAGUCCUUUCACCUUCUCGACGAAGCUUUCAGUGCCGGAAUCAACUUCUUCGACUCUGCAGAAAUGUAUCCAGUGCCUCAGCGUGCUGAGACUCAGGGUAGGAGCGAAGAGUACCUGGGCCGUUGGGUUAGAAAUAGGAAAAUUUCUAGGGAUCGCGUCGUCUUGGCCACAAAGGUGACUGGACCAUCUGGGCAAAUGACUUGGAUACGAGGUGGGCCAAUGUGUUUAGAUGCCUGGAAUAUUACCAAGGCCAUUGACAACAGCUUGCUGCGCAUGCAAACUGACUACAUUGAUCUUUAUCAGAUUCAUUGGCCAGAUCGCUAUGUUCCCAUGUUUGGAGAAACUGAAUAUGAUCCAAUCCGACAGUUCAGUUCAGUUGGCAUAGAGGAACAACUUGAUGCUCUUGGCAGAGCUGUUGAUGCUGGUAAAAUCAGAUACACUGGUCUCAGUAAUGAAACCCCAUAUGGUGUCAUGAAGUUCAUUCAGACAGCUGAAAGGGCUUCUCGUUGUCCUAGGAUAGUAUCAGUACAGAACUCAUACAGCUUGCUUUGUCGAAAUUUUGAUUCUGGAAUGGCUGAGUGCUGUCACCAUGAGAGGAUCAGCUUAUUGGCCUACAGCCCCCUGGCAAUGGGCAUUCUCUCAGGGAAGUAUUUUUUGCCUGAUGGGGGUUCAGCACAUGCUCGGUUGAAUCUUUUUAAAGGUAGGUAUUCAGAAGGGGAAUCGAGGUAUAACAUGUCCAAUAGCAUCAUAAAAGCAGCUAGCAUGGAAUAUCUUCAUAUUGCUGGAAAAUAUGGUCUUCAUCCUGUAUCCCUUGCAAUUGCCUUUGUUUUGAGACAUCCUCUUGUUGCAAGUGCUGUUUUUGGGGCUACUAAGUUGUGGCAGCUUCAGGAGGUUCUCGAUGCAAUGAAAGUUGAGCUCACAUCUGAAAUAAUUGGUGACAUAAACAAGAUUCAUGCAAGGUUUCCUAAUCCAUGCCCCUGAUCAAUCGUUAACGCUGUUCAAUUUCAUUCCUAUCAGGAAGAUUUACUAGGCUGGCUAAAUGGAUCACCUGUACCUCCUGCACUUCCUUUUUUAAUGUUAAAUUUAUGACAUUAUUGGCAACGUUGGGCUGCAAAAGAUCCUGCUUUCUUGUUGGAAAAUUCAGAAGUUACAAUUAGUUAGUAGGAACAGAAGCCUGCCUUUUGUCCUACCAUAAAUUUUCUUAAGAAAGCAAAAGAAGGUUGCCACUUUAGUAAGUGCUUUGCUGGUGGGGAAGCCAUAUGAAAAAAAUUGAUGCCUGUCAUGGAGUGCAUCAUCAGCAAUUUCUUCAAGAGAAACAUGACAGUAAAGGUUCGCUGGGCACUGUUCCAUCUUGAUAAUUGUUCAUGUGGGUAGCACAUGUGAACCAAUUUAGUUUUGUAUACUUGGGGCUCAUGUGGACCCAGAUUUAAAAAACGGUUGCAUCUGAAGUUGACAAAAACUAAUAUAUUUUUUAGAAUUUAUUGCGGUGA